AUGGAAAGUAAUCUCCUUAUUGAGCCGUUCUCGGAGCAUGAAAUCAAAGAAGCAGUUUUUAGUUGUGGAGACGAGAGAGCCCCGGGUCCUAAUGGGAUGAAUUUUAGAUUCAUCAAACAUUUUUGGAACUUAUUCAAGGACGAUUUUGUGAGAAUUUUCGAUUGGUUUUAUAACUGUGGUGAUAUUUCCUUAGGUAGUGGGGCCUCAUUUAUUACCCUUGUGCCUAAAGUUAAUGAUCCGGUUUCGCUUAUUAACUAUAGGCCCAUUAAUCUGGUGGGAGCAAUAAGCAAGGUGAUCUCAAAAGUUCUAGCCAAUCGCAUGAGGAUGGUUCUUGAUGGUGUUAUAUCAGAGUCUCAGUCGGCAUUCCUUCAAGGGAGAUAUAUUCUGGAUGGUCCUCUUAUAGGGAUUCUAAAGUCGGCUAAUUCUUCGGUGUUGGUAAACGGUUCGCCAACUUUUACGUUUAAAUGUGAAAAAGGUAUGAGACAAGGUGAUCCGUUGUCGCCUUUUCUUUUAUUGGUAGUGAUGGAUGCUCUUUCGUGUAUGAUUGACAACGCUUUGAGAGCCGGGGUCAUUCAAGGGAUCUCGACUCCUAACAACGGAGCGAGUAUUGCUCAUCUUUUGUACACGGAUGACGCAAUUGUUAUGGGUCUUAAAAUUAAUAUUGAUAAAUCUUAUCUUUAUGGUAUUGGAGUGGGUUUGGGGGAAAUAGGGGAAAUGGCGAGACGGGAUGGGAAUGCAUUCCGUUUAAAAAAAUCCCUUUCUAGAGUUUGGAAUAAUAUAGCAAAGAAUUUUGUCAACACGAAGGUGGGUGGUCGUCCGUUAAGAAGCUUUAUGAGAGGAUCAAUUGGUAACAAUGAAGAUGUAAUGUUUUGGCUUGAUACAUGGUUACUUGAUGAACCUCUCAAGGUUGUUUAUCCAGAUCUUUUUAGUUUGGAAGUUGAUAAAAGGGCCUCGGUUGCGGAUAGGAUCAACAGUCAAAAUGUCGAUGGAAGGUAUUCUUGGAGCUGGAACUCGGUCAUGUUGGAUUCAGGUACACGUUCUAGUUUAAAUCAGUUAGUCGGGCUGCUUGAUAACGUCCAAUUAACGGCUGGGAAGGCCCGGUGGAAGUGGAUCUCCGAAUCGGAUGGUUUGUUCUCGGUCAAAGCGGUUAAAAAGUUAUUGAAAGAGGAUCAAGUGCAGGAGAACAAUUUUGUGUUGGAAUGGUGUAACUGGGUUCCUGCCAAAGUUAACAUUCAUGCCUGGAGGUUGGAGAUGAACAAAGUUCCCACAGCCGAAGCGUUAAGGAGAAGAAACAUCGGGAUUGGCGACACGUCGUGCCCCUGUGUAAUUCCGAUGAGGAAUCGGCUGAUCACCUGUUUGUGGCGGGUUUCACUGCAUCGACAGUUUGGAGUGGAGUUAGUUCUUGGUGUAAAAUUCCCAAUAUCUUCGCUUUUUCUCUUCGUGAUCUCUUUACGUUCCAUAAAGAUCUCGGAUUGUCGGACAGGAAAAAGGACGCGGUCCAAGGUAUCAUUAUGA